ACAUCAGGUUAUCCCCAAAUGUGUGUUUAUUUAUUCGGUGUUUUUAUUUUAAUUCGUACUACGCACUUGUAAUUAUCAUAAGAAUGUGAUUUUCAAGGAAAAAGUUGUCUAUUUUCUGCUGUUUAUAUUGAUAAUAUCUUUAUUUUAGAUACAUUUAUCUCUCAGCUUGUGGUCGCUCAAUUUUUGUAAACAGUAGAUUAGACAAUGUUUAGCAACACCGAUAGCUUUUCGUUUUAUCCUCGGCAAAGAUUCUUCAGAAAUGGCGAGUUUGAAGUCGAAUUAAAUGACUUGUUCAAUAAGAAAUUUCAGUUUCGGUUCAAUAGCAGUUGGAAGUUACCAGACAAAGAGCUUUGGUUCUCGGCUCCUCCGUGGAAAGUGCAAGAGCUUGAUAUACUCAAAAACCGAUUGAAUUUCCAUAAGAGUCAACUGAAUGAUUUCAACAUUGAAGAAUGGAGCAGCCACACGCGGCGCCGAAACCCAGCAGGGGAAGUGGGGUGGAAAAUCAGAUGUCUUAUCAACCCUGAAUUUCUCACACAAGCAUGGACUAAGUUCUAUGAAUGUGCAUCAACCUACAGUGUAGUUCCCAGACAGGCUAUGUCUGAGGGAAAAAUGGUUUCUUUACACCUUUGUGAGGCUCCUGGUGCAUUUAUAACUUCCUUAAAUCAUUACAUGAAGUUAAAUUAUCCCAAUAUUGAUUGGAAGUGGGUGGCAAAUACACUGAACCCGUACUAUGAGGGCAACUCACCAUCAAACAUGAUUAGUGACGACAGAUUCAUGUUUCACACUCUAAACAACUGGGACUUUGGUGUAGAUAAUACAGGGAAUUUAAUGGACUGGGAAAAUUCUCAAGCCAUUGUGAAGAAGGCCAAAUCAUUGGGAAAGGUUCUGUUAGUCACAGCAGAUGGAUCCAUUGAUUGCAUGCAGAGGCCUGAUGCCCAAGAAGAGGUCACAUCCCCCCUCCAUUAUUGUGAGAUAAUAACUGCUCUUCAAGCCUUGAGUCCAGGUGGUACAUUUAUAUUUAAACUGUUCACAAUGUUUGAGCAUUCAACUGUGAGCCUGCUCUACUUGAUUAACCACUUGUUUGGUGAAGUGAACAUCUACAAGCCCGUUACCUCGCGCCAGGGGAAUUCUGAAGUUUAUGCUGUUUGUUUGAAUUACAAAGGCUUUGCUAGCUUAGAGAUGUACGUACCAAUGCUUAAAUCAGCGUAUGGUACAGAGAUUUACGGCAGUCACUCGUUGUUUCCACUUGAUGCAAUACCUGAAAGUUUUUUGAAGCAAAUUGAAGAGUGUGCCUGCUAUUUCUGUUCAAUUCAGUGUCAGGUCAUAAAUGACAACUUACAGGCCUAUCUUAUGCAGAAGAAUAUUGCUUUGCACAGAGAUAUGAAACAAAUAAGAACAAUUGUCGCCACAGAAUUUAUUUGGCAGUAUGGUUUGAAGCCUUUGGAAUAUGAAUCAGAAAUACUGAAAGGUAUUUUACAUGAAGAAAACAAGGUUAACAUGAAUCCUAGAUAUCAUCGUGGAUCGUACACUGAAAGGCAAUUGUAUACUAAAUUGUCCUUGAAAGAAAAAUCCAAAAAUUUAAAUGCCUUUUUACAGGCUGAAAUUUUAACUAAUCCUCUAAUAUUGAUAAAUGAACCAGUGAAAUGGCUGACAUUUUACGAUAAAGAUAUUAAUCUAAAAUUGACUUUUACGUAUGGCUUACCAUUGCAGAAAAUAAACAGCUCAAAGUUUAUAUUUGUGCCAAUAUUCAGACUGUACCAGCAGAUUUUAGCGGAAGGUGAAUUUAAAGAAAUUAUAUUUACUAAAGGUGUAAAGAGCACUGAACAAAACUUAAAAAGUUUAAACAUUAAAAUACACCAAGUGUUGUGUUUGCCAGAGUUUGACUUAUCCGAAAGUUAUGGUGUUUUCGAAAAGAAAUGUUUCCUAACUAUUUACAACAUGAUGAAGUUACUGACUGUUGGGCAAACACUUCUCAUACAAAACUUCAAUCUUCUAACACAUUUCAAUGUGAGUUUUGUGUAUAUUAUUUCGAAAAAAUGUUUCGAAAGAACUGGAUUUACAUCUAGCAACAGCAUCAUUUUGUGUAAUCUUCAGAACAAGGCAGCAUUCGAAUACUUGGAUCAAAUACAAAGCGAAUGUGAGAAGUUGCAGAAUGAAGACAAAAGGGAUGUAUUGAAUUCUUUGCCUGUUCAAACUACUAAUGUAGGAGAGUUUUUCAACAAUAUUGUAUUUUAUAAUAACACAUUUUACAGGAACAAAUGUACAGAUUUUUUGUCUACCAUAGAGCAAACUAUUUAAAGCCUAAUUAAUUAGGUUAUUUAUUGGAUAAAAUGUAUUGUAUUUUGCAUUUAAAUAGAUGACGAGAGUUAUUUUUAUUAACAACUUUUACUAUUAGUAAAUUCUGAUUGUCUGUUAAAUAUCGAGAUUCCAAUAAUCUUCAAUAAAUGUUGUAGAUGAUGAAAUACAUGUGACUUAACCAUGCA